AUGUCCCUUCAAUCACGCCUGACCACCGAGCAAAUUCGCUAUAGUCUUGAGUAUCAGUACUUGGGACACAUGUUUGCGCUCGACUUCGCGGUACGACUUGUCCAGCAUCUCGGCCAAAAUGCCUAUCUCGAUAUGUGGGUGAACCCCAACUAUGGACGGGUCGUAGAACAGCAUCCCUUCAUCGCAUACCAGGGGCAAGGGAGAGAGGAGCUGGCUAUGUCAAAUCUUCAGUCACCUUGCUACUGGAACAGGGAUAUUGGUGUGCGCCUCGCGGAUCAAUUCUUCGUGCAGGACUUGAGCGUUGUCCCGAAUGUGGACUCACCGUCGCCACUCUACAGCAGAAAGACCGUGAAGUUAUGGAUCUCGUGCCACAGCCUCGCGAGUCAAAAGUUCCAACUGCAAUUGUGGUCUGGGAACAAACCCAUAAACCUGAGGGCGCUGAUAAAGCACAUCAGAAUUCGUGUCGGGAAGUAUCUCACCGAUAGCCACUCGGCCCAAGCGCCCAACACGCCGGACAUAACUAGCACACUCAUCAUCGACGAUCUCGUGCUCCUGGGCUUCUGCUUCGUUUCGCACGGCACCAUUAUGCCUAUUCUCCAGCAUGUGCAUCAUUCCUAA